GGAGGAAGUGGAGCAGCAGCAGCAGGAGGAGGAGGUGGUGGUGGUAGCCACCACCACCACCAGGGCCUCUACCUCCCUGCCUGUCACGGCUACUGCGACCUGGGAGCGGUGCCUCCUUUCCUGCCCGCAGUUCACUACCCGUACCCCGCGCCGCCCGCUCUACCUUCGGGCCGCGACGGGGGCCCUUUCAGAGCCUAUGGGCUCCAGGACGCAGCCAUGAGACACUGGGACAACAGAUUCUCCGGAGACAACGUCGCCAUGAUUCAACAGCACCACCACCAGCAGCAGCAGCAUCAGCAGCAGCAUCAGCAGCAGAUGCAAGCGGCGCGAUGUUCGGCGAGCGAUGGGGUGGGAGCUCACUCGAAGGGCGGCCGAGUGGGCGUCGAGGCGGCGGUGUUCGGCGCCAUCGGAGCCGGGUUCGCCGCUUCGGUGUGCGGAGAACUCCCCUCCUCAUCCUCUCCCUCCUCCUCUACCGCCGGACUGCAGCUACAACAGCUACAGCAGCAGCAGCAGCUACAGCAGCAGCAGCUGCAGCAACAGCAGAGACCCGCGCAGCUUGGGCGCAAUGGUGUUCUACCGCAGGGCUUCGAUCAGUUUUUCGAGUCGUCGGCUUACGUCGGAUACCACCACCACCACCAUCAUCACCAUCAGCAGCAGCAGGAGCAACACGGCUCCGGCAGCUACGCCGCCACUGCGGGGGGGUCCCUACAGGGCCAGUCAGGGGGGGUGGCGACGGCGGCUGCGGCGGCUGGAGGAGGCGAGGGCGGGCAGGCGGCGCGGGCUGCCGAGAGGGAGGAGGGCGACAGCGGCGCGGAGUCCGGCGGCGGCAGCGCGGCGUCCGCGUCGCCGCUCGCCGCGCGGCCCAGCGAGCAGAAGGCGUGCGGCUCGUUGCCCCAACAGUCUGUUAAGGCUACAUGGGGGAUCUUUGUCUUUUGUGUGUCGGCUUGUCUAUUUUGUUUUCUUUCCCUUUCUGCGCACGUGUGUGCCGCAACAACAGUCGGUCGGAGCCCCCGGAAGAAGCGCUGCCCCUACACCAAGUUCCAGACGCGUGAGCUCGAGCGAGAGUUCUUCUUCAGCGUCUACAUCAACAAGGAGAAGCGCCUGCAGAUCUCACGCCUCCUCAACCUCACCGACCGCCAGGUCAAGAUCUGGUUCCAGAACAGGCGCAUGAAAGAGAAGAAGCUGAACAGGGAUCGAAUGCAGUACUUUGCGGCCAACCCGCUGCUGUGAAGGGCUGUCGUUGCUUGUCGGCGAAUGUCUCUGUGUGUCUGUGCGUGUUUGAUGCGUGUGUGUGCGUGCGCGUGUGUGUCCGUGUGCAUGUCAGUGUACGUGUCUCUGUUGUAAGCGGUUAGCGCGCUGCGCUAAGAACCCAGC